AUGGCGGGAAACCACCUUGCGCAAGAUGAACAGAUAGUGACCAUUCUGCUCCUCGGAGACCCAGGAUGUGGAAAAACGACAUUCCUAUCAUACCAAGGUCAGGGACACAGUCAAGGGAAUCUUGAUCGAGAAACCCUCCUACGAGACAGUGAUCAGCCAUUUAUCUACGAGAUCCGUUUCUCCAAAAGGUCAUUCACACUUGAAGUAUAUGACACCGCGAGUCCCAACCAACAUUGGUCUACCUUGCAGCCCGACGUUAUACUUCUGGCAUUUGAUAUUUCGAACAGAGAUACCUUGAACAAUCUUCGAAAUUGGCGAAAUGAUAUCACCAGAUACUUCCAGAAUGGAUAUGGCGAACGCAUUCCCAUUAUGUUGAUUGGGUUGAAGAGAGACCUGAGGGUGGAAGGUGAUGGUAUCAUAUAUCCUCAAGAGUCGUAUCGGAUUGCGCAGGAACUUCGAUGUGAUCGGUAUGCGGAGUGCUCUGCUGUCACUGAGGAACUCUUACCAGAGACGUUUGAAGAUAUUGCCCGGCUUGCUGGAAUGACGACCACGGCGGCUGGGGGCCAGACUGCUGGAGCUUGUGUUAUUCUUUAG